UGAGAUUCACCGCCUUUACAAAACUCAGAAGAGACUCUCAAACAGUCAACACACACAAACAAACAAACUAUGGCGGUUUUAGGACAAUUGGUGCGAACAGCUCGCACAUGGCGUACUGUUGCCUCUUCCAAAACCCUAAUUCCUUCGCCUCCGCGUUCGCGUGGCCUUCCUCGCUGUCUCUACCACCGGCCUGUUGAGAACCAGAGUCAUUCUAAUGCAUCUGAAGUUCGGCCACUGAGAUUGGUGCCCAAUGUUUCUGGACCAUAUUCUAUACUUCCAGCUGUCUUGGCUGGUUUGUUUGGAGUUGGAGCGCUACAAGUAGCCUAUGCAGAUGGUGAUCAGGCUGCUGCCAAUCCUCCUUUGCCAUCACAAUCUUCUCCAGGGUAUGUGGACUUAGAGGAAACUGCCAAGAAAGAACGACAGCGAAUUGAAGAGUUGCUUAGAAGUAAAGGAAUGAAACAAGGUUUUUGUCCCCGCUUUACUGUUGCCAUUAAGGGCAAAAAGGUCACCAUCAAAUUCCAAAUUCCUCCUGGUUGUGAGGUUUCACAGCUGAUUACAAACCUUGUUUCACAUCUUGGACUGAAGGUUGAAGAGUGUGGUGGUGGAUCAGAUAUGUCAUUGCGUGCUUGGGACAGUGCUGUUGCUUGGCAAAUAACACUUACUCGUCCAGGAAAACAAGUCGAAGUUGAAGGGGAUCUGGGACAUUCAAAAGAUAUAAAUGCGCAAGAUGGGGAUUUAUGCAUCCUCAUAUUUCGCUCACUCAUAAGCUCAGAAAAAGCUGAAAUUGAAUUCAUCAAAGAGGGGAGCUUGAGUUCCAAUGAGCUUGAAGCUUUGGUGUCUGUUUUAGAAUUAGCUGGUGGAAAGUUGGGACAAAAUUGGACCUUUGAAAGAAAACCGAGGGAAGGUACUGCAAGGGUGCCAUCUGUGGAAAAAUCAGUUGCUAGUCUUGAGUCAAUGGGUGUGAAAAUAUAUGGACUUGAUGAAGCCCCUCUUUACUCCUCAAACAUUGAGUUUUCAUGGGACAAUAUUGCUGGGUAUGAUCAGCAAAAGCGAGAGAUAGAGGAUACAAUUCUGUUGGCUCUGCAUAGUCCUGAAGUAUAUGAUGAUAUUGCUCGUGAGACUCGGCGAAAAUUUGAGUCAAAUAGGCCUCGAGCUGUGCUCUUUGAUGGUCCACCUGGGACAGGAAAGACAUCUUGUGCUCGUGUUAUUGCUAAUCAAGCGGGUGUCCCUUUGUUGUAUGUGCCACUGGAGGUUGUAAUGUCAAAGUACUAUGGUGAAAGCGAACGCUUGUUAGGAAAAGUCUUUUCGCUUGCUAAUGAGCUCCCUAACGGUGCUAUAAUUUUUCUUGAUGAGAUUGAUUCUUUUGCUGUUGCUCGUGAUAGUGAAAUGCAUGAAGCAACACGAAGAAUCUUAUCGGUGUUGUUGCGGCAGAUCGAUGGGUUUGAACAGGAUAAAAAAGUGGUUGUAAUUGGUGCAACAAAUAGAAAGCAAGACCUAGAUCUUGCUUUAAUUAGUCGGUUUGAUUCAAUGAUUAAUUUCGGCUUACCUGAUCAGCAAAAUCGUCAGGAAAUAGCAGCUCAGUAUGCAAAGCACCUGACAAAACCUGAAUUAGAUGAAGUUGCCAGAGUUACAGAAGAAAUGUCUGGAAGGGAUAUCAGAGAUGUAUGUCAACAAGCCGAGCGGUCAUGGGCAUCAAAGAUAAUUCGAGGACAAGCAUCCAAAGAUGGAGAACCAGUGUCUCUUCGUCCUCCUUUGCAAGAGUACAUCGAGAGCGCCAUUACUCGGCGGAAGGCUUUACUUAGUGUUGCAGAGCCGAAGAAGAUUCAAAACUCUAAUCCUCUCCAAAAUAACCCUAAGUUAGAUUUGUGUUGAUAGAUGCUUAUGUGGUAGAGGGGGUACAUGGGUGGCUUUUUGUAUUAAAUUUUUAUUUAUAAGGAUUUAGUUAGCAGUAAAAUUUAUGUUAUU